UGGCGCGCCUCGCCUCGCCCCGGCUCAUCCUGUUCCGCGCCCCGCCAUGGCCGGAACCCUGGAGUCGGUGGAGUCGUGCCUGGAGCGGCACAUCCCGCCCGAGGAGCUCGCCGAGGUGAAGCGGAUCCUCUACGGGGGCGAGGCAAGAAAACUUAGUUUGCCAGCUGCUGCUCUAUCAGCAGCUCAGGAAAGAGAUUUUGAGCUACAGGGCUAUGGAUUUGAUGCUGAACCAGAGCAAUUGAGAAGGCCACGUAUCGUUCGAGUGGGACUGAUACAGAAUAAAAUUGCACUUCCCACAGACACAGCAGUGUCAGUCCAGGUGGCUGCACUGCACAGACGAAUUGCGGAGAUUGUGGAAGUAGCUGCGAAAUCUGGGGUCAACAUAGUUUGUUUCCAGGAGGCUUGGACCAUGCCCUUUGCUUUCUGUACAAGAGAGAAGCUUCCUUGGACUGAAUUUGCUGAGUCAGCAGAGGAUGGGCCAACAACAAAAUUCUGUCAAGAGCUGGCAAAGAAAUACAAUAUGGUCGUGAUAUCUCCAAUCCUGGAGCGAGAUGAAACACAUGGGGGAACUCUGUGGAAUACUGCAGUGGUCAUUUCUAGUUCUGGAGCUGUCCUUGGCAAAAGUAGAAAAAAUCACAUUCCAAGGGUUGGAGAUUUCAAUGAGUCUACCUACUACAUGGAAGGAAAUACAGGACACCCUGUGUUUCAGACCCAGUUUGGAACAAUUGCUGUGAAUAUCUGCUAUGGGCGCCAUCACCCUCUGAACUGGCUUAUGUUUAGUAUGAAUGGAGCAGAGAUCAUCUUUAACCCUUCAGCCACUGUUGGAAAGCUCAGCGAGUCAAUGUGGCCAAUUGAAGCAAGAAAUGCUGCCAUAGCUAAUCACUGUUUUACGUGUCCCAUCAACAGGGUAGGAAUGGAAUACUACAAAAAUGCAUUUACUUCUGGAGAUGGUGGAAAAGCACACCAUGAUUUGGGCUAUUUUUAUGGCUCAAGUUACGUAGCUGCACCAGAUGGCAGCAGGACACCAGGACUCUCUCGUGGUCGGGAUGGACUUCUGGUGGUAGAGAUGGAUCUGAAUCUUUGCAGGCAAGUCAGUGACAAAUGGAAUUUUAAGAUGACUGGUAGAUAUGAAAUGUAUGCAGACAAGCUCACUGAAGCAGUGCAGCCUUGUUUUGUACCCAAUAUAAUCAAAGAGAGAGCAUCUCAUUAAUGUCAAAUAAAAAGGUACUAUUGAAUGAUAGCCUUACUGUGGAUCACAAGUUGUUAUUUUAAUGUUGUAAUUUUAAUUUCCUGUAAACAACUUUCAAGUAAUAGAAUUCAAACCUUUGUUAAGUAAAAUGAUUGAAAAAUAGCUUCUUUGGUUCUGGUUUCUGGUCUUGGGUAUUUUCUUGGUUUUUUUUUUUGUUUGUUUUCAUUUACACUGAUGAGUCCAAACUUUUUGUUUGUUAUGAGAAUAUAUCCAGUAGGAAUAUGUUGCUAUAAAAUGAUGAUGAAAUGUAUUCAGUACUGUUUACUGUGAUACGGUUUGAUGGAAAUGAUGCGUUCAGAGGACGUAAGAAUUUUUACAUAAGCUUUGCAUCGUGUGUCUAUUCAUUUCUGUGUUCCAGUUCUUUAUCCUCUACCCAAAAGUAUAAUUUAGGGAGAAAGAAGGCAUCAAUUAUUUUAAUCUGUCUUUUCUUUUAAUUACAAACUAUUUAAUAAAGUUCUGUUAGACUUAAGUAA